GCCUCGAAAGGGUUCGUCAACCGCAUGAAUUAUUGGGUUAAGACCCAUACCUUAGAGAGCUUUAUGGAAUUGGUAGAAAUGCGAUGGCACAACCCGCAACAGGCCCAACAUGCCAUUGAUGCGUUGACCCGGCUUGAUACUAAGAAAUACAAGUCUGCGCGUAAACUUACCUCUGUUGUGGAGCGUCUCAUUGUCAUCCUCGGCGUGCGCUGUGAUCCACAGUUCCUCAUGACCAUGUACUUGAGAUGUCUUCCCAUAGACGUGAAGAACGUGCUGGUUAGUGAGGCCAAUAUCAAAUAUCACACUCUCGACUCCUUCAACAAGAAGGCCCUAGACUUAGAGGCUAGGCUAGGAGGAGCUCGACAACCCUCUAUAGACGGGAGAACGAAGAAGAGUCCAGAAGAGUGGAAGAAGAAAGGUAGUCGAUUGAUGAUGGUUGAUUUUGAAGGGAAUGAAAUUGAGAUUGAUGAUCAUUCUGACUUAGUGGACGGUACAGAGUUUGAAGACGAGGAUAGUGCUGAGGUGGUUGAGACGACGAUAGUCAAUGCAGAAGCGAAGGGUGUCGUCCCUUUUGCGAUUGAAGUGGACAGGAAGUCAAUGAUAUCCUUGGCUGCAAUAAGGGAAGCACUGCAGCGGGCUGUGCGAAGAGCACGCUUGGUAGGAGGACGUGGAGGAGAGGGAUCACGAGAGAUGCUAGGCGAGGGAGGAGAAGGUAUACUAGUGUCGGUAGGGUCAACCAAACAUAAGGUCGGAGCAGAGUUAUCGGGAAGAGUAGGAAGUGGCGCGAAGGUACAGUUGCGAGCGGGUAUGCGUGCUGGGGAACGAGACAUCUCGGCUAAGUGGGUGCUGCGCUGGAGGUCGAGACGAGGGGAACAGCCUGAGGAUGCUCCCCCUGUUUCCUGUCCUCCUGAGAUACAGCAGGUGGUAGAUCAGUAUGCUGAUCUGAUGCAGGAGCCCUUUGGACCUCCCAACCGGCCAACCAAGCAUCACAUCGAGCUGCUGCCUGGAGCGGUCCCUCCUAAGGGUCGCGUCUACAGGAUGUCCCCUGCUGAGCUUGAGGAGCUUAGAAAGCAGCUUGAGACCCUGACCAGCAAAGGCUGGAUCAGACCCAACACAUCUGAAUUCGGUGCACCUGUUCUCUUUGUACCCAAAGGGAACGGCGAGUUCAGGAUGUGCAUUGACUAUAGGGGUCUCAACAAGAUCACUAGGAAGAGUACUGAGCCACUUCCUAGGAUCGAUGACCUCCUGGACAUGGUGCAGGGCUGCACAGUGUUCAGCAAAGUCGACCUCAAGUCUGGCUACCACCAGAUUGAGAUGGCAGAGGAGGAUGUCUACACGACAGCCUUCAAGACCAGGUAUGGGACAUACGAGUUCCUGGUCAUGCCAUUUGGACUUUGCAAUGCCCCAGGCACCUUCCAGACAGAGAUGCACCGCAUCUUCAGGCCUUACCUGGACAAGUUUAUGGUUGUCUACCUGGAUGACAUCCUGGUAUUCAGCAAAACUGCCAGGGAACAUGCGGAGCACUUGGCUCUAGUUCUUCAGUCGUUACGUGACAACCAUUAUAAGAUCAACAGAGAGAAGUCCUCUUUUGGAGUUCCCUCUGUCAUCUAUCUGGGUCAUGUAAUCUCUGGAGAUGGCCUGGCUCCUGAAGCUGCCAAGAUUGCUGCUAUUCACGAGUGGCCUCAGCCUCAGACAGUGAGGGAUGUUUUGUCCUUUAUGGGUUUGGCCUCCUACUACAGAAAUCAGUAUGGCAUUGGGGCAGUACUUCAGCAGGAUGAUGGGAAUGGUCUACGGCCUGUAGAGUUUAUGAGUAAGAAGAGCAAGACUCAAAAGCUCCAGGACUCUACCUACGAGAAAGAGUUGUAUGCUCUUGUCUGUGCCCUGAAACAUUGGAAGCACUUUCUCCUGGGCAGGCACUUCAAGAUCUUUUCAUAUCACUCCACCCUACAGUGGAUGAAGUCCCAGGGAGAGUUGAAUGAUAAACUGGCACGGUACAUUCAGUUCAUAGACAUGUUUGACUUUGAACUGAAACACAAGAAGGGCUGCUACAACAAGGUGGCAGAUGCCCUCUCUCGUAGGCCUGACUCUUUUGCUCUGAUCUCCUCUACUCACUCCUUUGGAGAGGAGACUCGUCAUACCAUUGCUCGUCUACUGCCUCAGGAUGAGACUUUUGGACCCAUUGUCAGGAAUCUGCAAGCAGAUCCUAACUCUGAACCAGGCUAUGUUCUGAGUUCAGACCUGCUGUAUACCUACAGCAGAGGUGAGGAGCGCUUGUGCAUUCCCCAGGACCAGCGGCUCAGGACACUGCUGCUAUCAGAGUGUCAUGAUGCCCGUGGACACUUCGGGUUCCUAAAGUCUUAUGCAGCCCUGUCGCAGCGCUUCUUCUGGAAGGAGAUGCGGAGUGAGAUGCUGCGUUAUGUGGACACCUGUGAGCUCUGCCAAAGGAACAAGGUUCAGCGUAAACCUCCUUUGGGACUGCGCAAACCCUUACCCAUACCUGAUGGCCCUGCCCAAUCUGUGUCGAUAGACUUCACAGAUCUAGGCAAGACCACCCCUCGUGGCAUGCGUCAGGUGAUGGUCUGCGUGGACAGGUUCUCGAAAUACGCAGAGUUCAUCCCCUUGCCAGAGGUAGCGAGGGUACCGGCUGUGAGAGCAGCCUUCUCUGAGAGAUUCUUCAAGCAGCAUCUUGUGAGUAACAAAUUGCAUGGGUCCUGGGGACCAUCUCACGCAAUUACCAUCGGUGGUGUUUUUAUGAUGUUGGUGCUGUUCCUCCACGAGCUGCGGUUUUACAUUACGCCAUAUGAAGUGCAGGAGAUGAAAGUUGAUGUAACAAGGGGAGAAGAGCUGCGCAUUCAUGUGAACAUUACUUUCCCAUCCUUACCUUGCCAAGUUCUUAGCCUGGAUGCGUUGGAUAUGUCGGGUAAGCACGAGGUUGAUCUUGACACAAACAUCUUCAAGAUUCGGUUGGAUAGGUAUGGACGUGAAUACCAUGCUGAAAUGGUGACCGAUUUGAAUGAAAAACGGCCACACGGUCACAACCAUGAUGAAGACGAAAAUCAGGAACCAAUUCACUCCAGUCUCGAAAGCAUUGGGGAAAUCAGACGUGCCCUAGACGCGCAUGAAGGUUGCAGGGUGCAUGGAUACCUGGAUGUGCAAAGAGUUGCGGGGAAUUUCCAUGUGUCAGUCCAUGGGAUGAGCUACUUUGUUCUCUCCAAGGUGUUUGAUGAUGUUGGUAUGAUCAAUGUGAGUCAUCAUAUCCAUAAGGUGUCGUUUGGGCCCGAGUUUCCAGGCAUUGUCAACCCGCUUGAUGGGUUUGUGCGGAUGCUGGAUGGCAGAGGCAACCCACCAAUGGACAGUGGUACAUUCAAGUACUUUUUGAAGAUCGUACCUACUGUUUACCGAAAUGUGAAAGGGAAGGAGACUUCCACAAAUCAGUACUCGGUUACAGAAUACUUCACUCGUGCCAAGAAGGACUCUACAAUCCCGGCUGUUUACUUCUUGUAUGAUCUGUCGCCCAUCACGGUUACCAUUACAGAGACACGAAGGAACUUCUUCCAUCUGAUAACUCGCAUCUGUGCUGUGAUUGGUGGUGCAUUUGCUGUUACAGGAAUGUUGGAUAGAUGGACAUAUAGAUUGCUGCAGCUCCUGGAAGCUAAGUCGCUGGGGCAUGCCUCGGAAUUCAGCAAACAGGCCGAAAUUGAUAGGAAAUUGAUUGGGAAGCGCGAGGAAGGAGGAGAAGAAAGAGGAGAAGAGAAAGAAGAAGAGGAAGAGAAGGAGAGAUUGGAGAAAGAGAGGAAGGAACUGGAGGAGAAGUUGAAGAUUCUGGAAAAACAAAAACAAAAGGUGGAAAUGGUAGAGGAAGAAGAAGAGGAGGAGGAGGAAGAAGAACAAGACGAAGGGAGACUGGAGGAUCCCAGGCAGAGAGGAGGAGGAGAAAGAACUGAGGGGGGGGAAUCUAGUCAACUCCACUUCUACCCUGUUGAUACCCAGAUGUGGAUGGAGAAGUUUGGAUUCAGAAACGAUGAAUGGGCAGAAGAGUCAAAGGCCGAGAGGGCUGAGCUUACAACGAAGCUGGAGGCGGCAGAGGAUGAAGCAGAAAAGGAGCUGUUGACGCAAGAGGGAACAGGAGUUGCGAGAGCGACUCCUGACACCGUCGCCACGCUGAAGGCAGGAAGUGGUCGUGGAGGUGGAGAUGGUGGAGGAGACGAUGAUGGUGAUAUCAAAGACCCUAAAAAGGAAGGAGAGUUGAAGGGAGAAGAAAGGUCAUCUGAAAGAGGGGAGAAGAGGGAAAAGAUGAAAGUGAAGAUUCCCUGGACCUACACUGGGAAAAGAGAAGAAAGCCUCUACCAGAUUUCAGACAAGCUGGAUGUGGUUGAUAGGAAGGCGAUGGUGGCGGACAUGGAGCAUGAGCGGAUGAUCCAGACGAUGGCGGAACUAGAGGCGAACAAUGCUAAAGGGGACGCUGGGAGUAACGAGAAAUGUAAGCGGAUCGUGGGGACCGAAUCACCUGCUGCUGAGGGCAGGAAGUCACGAUCAAGAUCUAGGAGCGGCGGCGUGAAGAUCCGCCAACCAAGUAUCCUAGUCUCCUCCGAUGACGAAGCGAAGGCCAAACCUCAGAUGGCGAAGAUUGAAGGAGAGCAGAUAGUGGCAAAUCAGGAGGAGGCCAGCUCCGUCAAGCUUGAAGAUGUAAUGCGGAUGCUCUCGGACAUUGCAGGGAAGGUGAAUGCAGGAUCCUCCAAGACCGAAAAAAGUAUUGACGAGACAAACACAGGGACAUCCAGCGCGAUUCAGAACGUGAAAACUGUUUCAGACACACCCGAAGGGAAAGAAGAGAAGAGCGAUGACUCGGACGAAGAAGGGAGUAAGCUACGGGUCAAUGGCGGUAGCAACUCUGGGGGCACACGUCAAGAGAGUGGUAUUAUCGAAUACAUGCCGCAACGACUGGAUCAUUAUAUGGAGAUGAACGGGAAGAAGGUGAAGACUCUUUGUCUCCAGAGGAAUGUGAAGUGGGCGAGGAAAGAUAAGUGCGCAUGGGAACUCGCGAAGCAAGAUACGGAGGAAUUCACCAAGUUGAUCAACGGCGACGACGCCGCUGAGGCGGAUGCUGAAACAGAAUCGGGCCACGAGGAGCCGGAUGAAGCUGGGACUGAUGGCAACGACUCUGAAGAUGUUAUGAGCGACGAGGAGGACACUAGAGAGGACGACCGGAUCUUGCGAUCGGCAAGGCGCCCGAUUGCCCACUUGGCAUUAGGACCAGAGGGUGACAGGUACCUGUUCCGCCAGCGUAGAGGAGCGGAAGUGGAAUCGAAAUCAGGGAUUCGGGGUGCAGAGAGGAGGAAGUUGGUGCGCAGGGAGGAGGGGGCAGGCAAGCGGAAGGAGGGGGGGGACGCGAUUGGGCAGAAGGAGGGAGGAGUUGGAGGAAGUGUGCGCGCGCACGUGCGCGCCAGGUGGGGGGAGCAAAGGUGGGCGCAGGAGGGAAGUAGGGUCAGGCGCAGGGAGGAAGGGAAGUCCAGAUGCAGUUGGGGAGGGAAGGGAGGAUGCGGAUGGGGGCGAGGGGAGGCAGGAUCGACAUCCAUCGGAGUUCGGGAAGUCGGGAUCGGGGGUAGUCGAAGGGAAGGGAACGGAAAUGGGACAGCGGAGAUGACGUGGCAAGAAGUUGGGAUCUGGGUAAGGAGCGAGGCAGAUAGCGGGCACCCGGAGAAAAUCGGGCGGAAGGGCACCAUGAGAAAGUCGGGCGGAAGGGGGAAGGUGAUCAGAAAGAGGAGGAGUCGAGAUGCGGUUGAGGAGGGAGGGGAGGAUCCGGAUCGGAGCGAGGGGAGGCAGGAUCGGGAUCGAUCGGAGUUGGGGAAGUCAAGAUCAGGGGUAGUCGAAGAGAAGGAAACGAUAACAACAGGAUCUAGUUUGCAGGUUCCUAUACAGACAGUGUUUACCCAAUCUCCGUUGCAUGUUGCGGUUACCACGCAGCCUGCUGUCUCGCAGUCUGUACAGCCGCAGGGCACACAGCCCCAGCAGCUAGCACAGCAACCUGUGUUACAGGGUCCACAGCCCGGAGUGGUGCAGGGACUGGGACAAACACAGUGGGUACCAAAGACGGCCAUCGCUGCUCCUAAGCCCUUCACAUGGGAUAAGAGAGGCGAAGACCUCGACAUAUGGUUGAGGGCAGUGCCAGUGUAUGUUAGGUGUAAACUUACCUUGCCGCACGAAGAAGUGCUUGUGGCUGCCUCCUACCUAGAGGGUAGUGCAGCAAGAUGGUUGAGUGGUUUAGUUCAGCUCCAGGGGUAUGGUGAUGACUUCCGCGCUUGGGCAGUCACUCAGAAAUUGGAUGACUUCCUCAAGCUGGUGGAAGAAAGGUGGCAUGAUCCUCAGGAGGCCCGAAAGGCCACUGACUCGAUCCUGACACUGCACACGCGGCAAUUCAAGUCAGUAAGGGAAGCCACCGACGCUGUUGAGCGUCUGAUCUGUGUCCUAGGGGUGCGCUAUGACCCCCAGGUUCUACUCGCCUCCUACCUGAGAUGCUUCUCUUUGUCUCUCAGGAACCAGUUGGCAGGUGAGGCCAACAUCAACAUGAACAACUUUCCUUCAUUUAGCAAGAAGGCCCUAGACCUUGAGGCGAAGAUAGGGCAUGGACAGGCAUCCACUACGGAUGGUAGGAAGAAAACACUGCCUCCUAACUGGAAGGCGGAAGGGCGCAUUAUGUUUGUCGAUAACGAUGGUUCAACCAUCGAAUUAGACGAUCACUUCCAGGAAGGAGUAGGUUCAGAGGCUGGCAGCGCAGAAGCUUCAGAGGGUGGAGUAGUCGCUGUCGUAGCUCAGAAAGGUAAGGCGACCGGUAGACGCCGCGGAGGCUCUCGGUCAAGGAGUCAAGUAGACUCCAACGCUCCCCCAUGGGAGAAGGCGGGUCUCACAGAGGACGUGUGGAGAGAUCGGUACACACGGCAGGCUUGCAUUCGUUGUGGCCAAUACGGCCAUAAUCAGUUUAAGUGUCGUAACAAGAAGGUGACCGACAAGAUCCCGCCUACGAUGGGGCAGGCGGUCGGCUCCUUUCAUCCUGUUGGUAGCAAUGUAGCCAGCACUUCAGGCACUGCUCCGAGAAACACGCCUGGUGAGAGCCUGCCCGUAGAUUUCAUGGAUACUCUGAUCACAGGCAAGAGUGGAAUGCGCUACAUCUACGUCAUUGUGGAUAGGUUUAGUAAGUUUGCUAGAUUAGUAGCGAUGUCGGCAACAGCUAAAACGGAGUAUGUCAUUAAGAUAUUCAAAGAGAAUUGGGUUAGAGACUUUGGAUUACCUAAGUCCAUAGUUAGUGACAGGGAUGUCAGAUUCACAAGUGAGUUGUGGAAAGGAGCAGCUGCAGAGCAAGGUACACAGCUGCAGAUGACAUCGGGCAAUCAUCCUGAGGCAAACGGGCAGGCUGAACAAAUGAACCGCGCUGUACCACACCUGCGAAGGCACUACAUCAAGCCAAAUCAGGUAGAUUGGGAUGAUAAACUUGCUCUCAUUGCAAGUUUGUACAAUAAUGUUGUGCACAGCGCAACCGGAGUCGGUCCUAACAGCCUGCUACUGACCUUCAGACCCCGACUGCCUUUAGACUUUCUACUACCUGACAAUCAGCCAACUGCUGCACCUGGGACUUUAGAAUUUGCUUACCGAUAUGAGCAGUUGAUGCAGCAGGCUGUUGAACAGAUGCACAAGGCACAGGCGGCGAUGAUAGAGUCUGAAAACAAACACCGCCGCCCCUCUACGUUUCAGGUGGGAGAGAGAGUCUGGGUUAAGUCCUCAGAACUGGGACAGGAGCACGGGAUCUCCCGCAAGCUUAUGCCACAGUACUUUGGACCGUGGGAAGUAUUGGAUGUUGUGGGAAAUGAACCGGAUGGCCCAUCUUAUGUUAUACACAUCCCCGGUCACUUACGCACUUACCCUGUCUUCCACGCCUCCAAGCUUGCACCUUUCAGGGAAACAGAUCAGUUUCCAUCUCGUCGUUCAAUGCUGCCCCCAACCAUGGAUGGAGAGGUCGACAUCGACGAUAUUGUUGAUCACCGUGAGCUGCCAGUUCCACAGACUACAGCCAGGGGACGUCCUCCGAAACCGAAGCUGCAGUAUCACGUUCGGUUCCGACAUCAUACUGAUCCGAAGGAGGACCGUUGGUUUACCAGAGAAGAACUCAUGUAGACCGCGCCGCAAGUUGUAGCCCACUAUGAGAAAACUAUGCAGAAAGGAAAGCGCCCGAUGGUCGAAGACUG